UUUUCUUGAAUGAAAUGGAAGAAAAGAUUCCGUGUCCUUCAAAACAAGUGGAAAUAAUUACCGCCACGUUUCAGCAGUGUUAUGAUCCCUACUAUGGAAUUAUUCAGGUCCAAGUACCGUGUACUACAAAAAGUGAAUUAAGCGUGGUGAAUAUCGACAUGGAACAAGUAAUGGGAAAUGCUUUGCAGUCUUCAGUUCUCGUAUCAGCUUGCUAUUUGGAACGCGUGGAAACAAAAAGAGGAGAGAGAGAUUGGCUGAAUGGAUUAGAAGAAAUGACACUAUUCAAUCAACAACAGUUCAAAGCAGAGACGUUUUCAGCAGAAAACAAAACAGUUGAGCUUUUACAAAAUCAUAUUCAAGAUGAUUCGGAAGAUUGGCAAAGAUCGGAGCGCAUUAUCAACAUUAAUGAGGAUUCAAAGAGAAAAGAAAUAUCCGAUAAUAAGUUAUUUGAAAUGGAAUCAUUAGAGGAACGAUUGAAUGCUUUGUCAAGUUUCCAUAAGUACGAAGCGAAGAGAUUUACUGACAACGUUGCCACCCCAUUAUUUGUAACAGGAGGUGGAAAAGAAGUGAAAACCAAAGAUGUGAGCAAUGAAUGGGCCAAGUCUUUCUUAGCUGAAGUUGUCGUUCCUGAAUGCGACGGGAAUUCUCGCUCUAGUUUGUCAGACUUGGCGAAGGAAGAGCAUAUGCUCCAAGUAAAUUCAAGUCUCCAGAAACAAGAUGCUGACUAUGAAAGGAAACAAGAUGUGAUAUUCACAACUGGAAAGGGUAAGCACAUCUCAAUAACCAAUGACAAUUUGCAACGUGCUUCCAUGAUUCUGAAGGAAGCUUCUGACGAAAAAGUAGUAUUGACAAAUCCCAAAAUGGAACUUAAACGCAAGCUUACCAAUUCGGUUUUAAAACGAGCCCGCAAAGCAUUAUAUGAUAAUCGAACACCGAACAAGACAAUGGACAACAAGCACUGUACUCCAGGAAGUGAAUCAAGAGUACCUUUGCUACGUAGUUACCCCGAUUCAAAUCUUCCUAUGAAAAGAACGCCUUCUGGAAUCACAGAUUCCAUGCUUAAGCGUAGGAAAACCCCAGUUGGAAACUCGAGAAACGUCACUGAAAAUCACAUUCCAAAGUCUGUAGUUGAAAGAAGAGUCAAGAAACACAUUCCAUUUCAUUAUAUUUGUUCCAGUCUUGCUGGACAACCUGUCCAACCCGGUUACCAUAUUAAGAAAGUUUCACUGAAAGAACUCCUAAAGAGAAAAUUAUCAGAAAAUAGAUGUGGAAUAUUUUCUGAUGAUCCAGAAUUGUCGACUUGUCUCCAAGAUCCUGUUCGUUUUAGAUUCAAAGACAGUCGCAUGAAUUUGGAUGAGAAUUUUUCUAUAUCACCAGAGAUAUGUUAUUUGAAACCAGAUUGUCAUUCAACUGUUGGCUUGGAGGAGUUUACUGAGCAUUUGAGACUUCUUUUUCCAGAUGCUGAUGGUCCACUGAUGAAAGUCGGAACUAAUUCUUGGAUAAGGAAUGCGUAUCGUUUAUUAAUGUGGAAGCUUGCUAGCCUAGAAGUUUUCUUUCAUCCGUUUCUAAGGAAUAAGUUGAAUGCUUUGAAUCUGGGCAUUGAAUUUUCGAAGCGUUUGGAAAGAGAAUGGAAUCUUGGUCACCGUUCCAUUUUACACAAAAUCGUAGAGCGGGAUGCCUUGGUUGGUUCGCAUUAUAUCCUGUUUAUCAGUGAUAUAUUCAAUGAAAACUUUAUUGAAGUGUCGGAUGGAUGGUAUUGCGUCCGAGCAAAAAUAGAUUCUCUCCUAUGUGACGCGAUUCUUAAGAAGAAACUUUUCAAGGGCUGUAAAAUUUCGGUUUGCAGUGCCAGCUUUCAUCACUUUGAUGAAGAAAAUCCAGAAAACACAGUUUUAUCGCUUCAUUUUAAUGGUGUUCGUCGAGCAAGAUGGAAUUGUAAACUUGGACCCAGAAGGCAUCCUCCUGUCUUACACGGUAUGAGUAGUCUUCGUGCAAUGGGUGGACAAAUCCCAUGUGUUGAAGUCGUCAUUGAGCGCUCCUUUCCUGUUCGAUUUGUAGAGAGUGACUUGCGGGAUGAAACUAAGACUCGAAAGGUGUUCCGAAAUGAAGAAGAUGAAGAAAGAAUUGUACUGAGAAGAAAUGAAGACAUUUCCAUACGUUUGGAUGAGAUUUUCAAAAAAGAAGAGCAGGCAUCUUCUGAAAUGACCAAUCCAUUCGUUGAAUCGGAAAGAGAUGUGUCUCGUAUGACUGAAAUAUUGGUGGUUGACAGAAGAGGCAAGAGAAGAGCUUAUGUCACUUUUUGGCGUCCAACAGACAACGCACUUGAGAUAUUACGAAACGAAGGUUACGUUAUUCGUCUUUACGGUGUUAUUCCUUCAAAGCGUUUGUUUGACAGUGAAAUCUUGCACAUGGCAGUUCCUAGCAAAAUGCCCAUUCAAGUUUGUUCAACGAAGCCUUUAGAUACACUUUGGAUUCCUCGUUAUUCGUUGUCAGUUUCUGCAAUCGCUUCAUUAUUUUCUGGCGAGGAGUUUGAUAGCUGUUUUGUUAUUUUGUUAGUGGGAGACCUCCAAUAUGGUCGGACAAGGUUUAUUUAUUUAAUGCAAACAAUAGACGGCCCAGUCACAGCAGUCAAACUAUUUGAUGAACAGGCUCAAAAUAUUCCCAGCGUCAUCAAAAGAGCAACAAGGUCAUCCAAGAAAAUAGCACUAGUUGCUGUAAAAAACCUCAAGUUCAUAUGUUGUGAUAAGCGUUGUGGAAUUUAUUUUUGCCAUCAUACGAGUCGUUGCGUCUGGUUAUCGGAACAAGAAGCAAAGGUUGGUGUUGAAAGUACAGCAUGAAUUUUAGGCAUAACUAGCAUAUUUUUUA